AUGGGAGGUCCUGGCAGCGGUCAACAGCUCCCACUUGAAGAAGUGACCCUCCGAGUUAGUGUGGAUUUCUUCAUGGAGAUGACGAGCUUCCAGCAGCAACUCGGAGACAGUGACCACCCGUGUCUGUGCUUAUUCAACCUGCACCACAUCAACACGCUACUGGAGCGAUCGCUCAUAUCCUCGGCAAGUAUCUCGACUCGUAAACAAUCCGACUCAAGCCCACGCGCUCCAGCGGCUGAAGGCACAACGCUGGUGAUGCUGGGGAAGGCGCAUCAGAGCUGGCUGAGCGAGCUGCAGAGCGUGUUCCUGUCGAAUUGUCCCGCGGAAGCCCCCGCUCCCAGUACGCAUGGUGGCCCAAAGUACUUCAGCGUCGCGAUCCGGAGCAGCAACGACACCAAUCUGCCGAUCUCAGUCGAGGCGCUGCAUUGCUUGGUCCAGUUGGCCGAGCAUCACGUGCACGCUCCUCUUCUUCAGCCGCGCUUGAUGCAGCUGCACGGACUGCUGAACGAAUACAUCACGGCAGCUAGUGGAGUCUCCCGUCGCGCGUCCGAACAGGCCCGCGCA